GCGGGACACCGAGGCGGACGGGGCGGCUCGGCCUGGGGUACCGCCCCUCCGCUCCGCGCACACCCGGAAGCAGAGUGAGUCCCGUGGAGCCAGGCGGGCGUGGAAAUCCAGGCCGGGCCGAGGCGGCCAGCCAGGUUCUUCCCAGGCAGUUGGCAGAGGAGACCAGCCCUUCCUUCCAGCUCAGCCCAGGAAGAGAAACUAGUGCCUCUUUCCUAAUUGGCCCAACCAAAGUUGCAGAUUGAUUCUGACUGGUCUAACUUGAAUCCGCCCAACUCUAAUUUCAGAGUGGUGAAUGGAAUAUGCAGAUUGGUUAGGCAAGAUGGCAAUUGAGCCAAAAGGGCUCGAGAAGUGGGUGGGCAGCGCCUACCUGUUUGUGGAGUCCUCACUGGAUAAGGUAGUUCUCUCGGAUGCCUAUGCUCACCCUCAACAGAAGAUGGCGGUGUACAGGGCUCUCCGGACUGCACUGGCAGAGAUCGGCGGGAGCCCCGACGUGCUACAGAUGCUCAAGAUCCAUCGCAACGACCCGCAGCUGAUUGUGCAGCUGCGUUUUUGCGGGCGUCAGCUCUGCGGCCGCUUCCUCCGAGCCUACCGCGAGGGGGCGCUGCACGCCGUGCUGCAAGGGUGCUUGGCGGCGGUGCUAGCCCUGCGCUCGGUGCCCUUGCAACUGGAGCUGCGCGCCGGAGCGGAACGGCUGGACGCCUUGCUGGCGGAUGAGGAACGCUGUUUGAGUUGUAUCUUCGCCCAGAAGCCCGACCGGCUCUGCGACGAGGAACUCGCUGAGCUGGAGGAUGCAUUCCAGAAUCUGACGUGCGGCUCGGGCAGCCAGGGCGGCGACGUGGAGGUCGCUCCGGCCCCCACUCCAUCAGAGAAGCCACCGUCAUCCGGCAAGACUUUUCUGUUCCAGGGUCAGCCCGUAGUGAACCGACCACUGAGCCUGCAGGACCAACAGACGUUUGCGCGCUCAGUGGGCCUUAAAUGGCGCAAGGUGGGGCGCUCCCUGCAGCGCGGCUGCCCUGCGCUGCGGGACCCGGCGCUCGACUCACUGGCCUAUGAGUAUGAGCGCGAAGGGCUGUACGAGCAGGCGUUCCAGCUGCUGCGGCGCUUCGUGCAGGCCGAGGGCCGCCGCGCCACGCUGCAGCGCCUAGUGGAGGCGCUCGAGGAGAACGAGCUUACCAGCCUGGCAGAGAACUUGCUGGGCCUGGUGAAUCCCGAUGGCGGCCUGGCCUAGGCUGGGUACCAUAGAAAGGGGCCGUCAGCCAGUUGCCCAGGGUUUGGAGCACCUAGAUGACCCUAGGGUCCCGUUUGCUGCUACUUAUGACCUCCUGUCCAUCCACGCGAUUCUGAGACCAAAAUUAGAACCCCACUUAGCUGAACUGCUGGAGCUUCUGGGCAGACUUGACUGCCUUCUCCAGGAGACGGACAAACACCCACGGGUGCCUACUGAGGUGCCAUUGGGGAUUAAGUUGUAGAUACUAAGAUAGAGACAGAGUGGGUGACCUGCCACGGAGGUCUGCCUCACCUUCUCCCACCCCAGAAGAGGGGCUUCUGGCCAGCUCUUACCUCUUCACCAACUGAAUAACUACUCACUAAGCACCUGCUGUAUCCUAGGAGUCAUUUUGGGUUUUGCAAAUACUGUGGUGAUCACCAUACACAAAUCCUGUCACCAGUUCACACUCAGUGUGGGACUCCAAAUAUUAAGCAAUGGUAAUAAAAUAUUACCUUUU